UCGUGCUGGUCAUUGCUUGUCUGCUCUUAGUUUUUUUGUGCAUAAAUCUUGGAGAGACACACAGUGCAACCAAUGCCACAGAGACUUGGAAGCAGGUCAGGGCAUUCCAGAACCAAACUCCAUUCCUCUGAUGCAGAAUGAGCAACAUGAUGCCAGUGACCAAGGAGGUGAGCCAGGAGAGGAGAGCAGGCAGCCCAUGGACAAUGAAGAGACAUGCGCUGACAACCCUCUGCUGAAUGGAGAUGCCAGUGGCCAAGGAGAGGAAGGUGUUCUAGGAAUGGAGGAUGGAAAGCUGUCAGACAAUGACCGAGCAGACACUGAAAUCUGUCAGAAGACACAUGCUGAUUCCCAUCCACUGAAUGUACCCAAGGUUGUCAGGGUUAACAGCCAGACUGAUGACACACAGCUUCUGGGUCAACCUCAGAGCAAUGGACACGUGCCAUAUAGAAGGGAAUCCCACCUGACCAAUGGGGCACCAGGUCAGGGUGCUGGUGAGAUUUCACCCCUCCUCUGCAGAAGCCCAGGAGAGGAAGGCGUGCUAGAAGGGCAGGACAGGAAGUCAGCAGACAGUGGGGGAACAGACCCUGAAUCCUGUCAGAAGACACAUGCUGAACCCCCUCUAGUGAAUGGACACCAAGAUGUCAGGGUUAACGAUGAGACUAAGGAAGCGACUCCUGGUGCACAGAGUCCAGGACCUCCUCAGAUGAAUGGAGGACCUCCCAUGUCUGACAGAGCUGCAGAGGAAACCACUGCUCUAUUGGACAAACAGGCCUUGGACAAGGACCAAGUCACCAAACCUCUUGAGUUAAUAAACCAAGGACCUAAUGACAUGGAGUCAAGAGGAGAACUGUAACAAACGGUGGACGUUUGUAUAACAAAAGAAAACCUCAGAAGAUAAGAUACAGUAAUAUAUGAUAUACAGUACUUAUUAUAAGAUACAGUAAUAUAUGAUAUACAGUACUUAUUAUAAGAUACAGUAAUAUAUGAGAUACAGUGCUUAUUAUAAGAUACAGUACUAUAUGAUAUACAGUACUUAUGAUAAGAUAAAGUAAUAUAUGAUAUACAGUACUUAUGAUAAGAUACACAUAUGUUUUUCAUGGUUCGGUCUAGGCCCCUUAGUUCCAUUGAAGGGAAAUCUUAACUAUACAGCAUACAUUUACAUUAUAGAUGAUUCUGUGCUUCCAACUGUGGCAACAGUUUGGUGAAGGCCCUAUGCUUCUUCAGCAUGACAAUGCCCCCAUGCACAAAGCGAGGUCCAUACAGAAAUUAUUUGUUGAGAUCUGUGUGGAAGAACUUGACUGUCCUGCAGAGCCCUGACCUCAACCCCAUCAUACACCUUUGGGAUGAAUUGGACCGCCGACUGCGAGCCAGGCCUAAUUGCCCAACAUCAGUGCCUGACCUCACUAAUGCUCUUGUGGCUGAAUGGAAGCUAGUCCCCGCAGCAAUGUUCCAAUAUCUAGAGGAAAUCCUUCCCAGAAAAGAGGAGGCAAUUAUAGCAGCAAAGGUGGGACCAACUCUAUAUUAAAACCCAUGAUUUUGGAAUGAGAUGUUUGACGAGCAGGUGUCCAUAUACCUUUGGUUAUGUAGUGUAGCAGAGACAUCAUUAUCACAGGGCCCAGUCUAAGAUGCUCUAUUUUACUGAUGAAAUGAUUAAUUAUUUCUGAAUUGAGAGUUGCAGCAUGUUAGUGUUAAAAUAACUUGCAUAGGGGCCUCCCGGGUGGCGCAGUGGUUAAGGGCGCUGUACUGCAGCGUCAGCUGUGCGACCAGAGACUCUGGGUUCAUGCCCAGGCUCUCUCGUUACCAGCCGCGACCGGGAGGUCCGUGGGGCGAUGCACAUUUGGCCUAGUGUCGUCCGGGUUAGGGAGGGUUUGGCCGGUAGGGAAAUCCUUGUCUCAUCACGCACCAGCGACUCCUGUGGUGGGCCGGGCACAGUGCGCUAACCAAGGUUGCCAGGUGCACAGUGUUUCCUCUGACACAUUGGUGCGGCUGGCCUCCGGGUUGGAUGCGUGCUGUGUUAAGAAGCAGUGCGGCUUGGUUGGGUUGUGUAUCGGAGGACGCAUGACUUUCAACCUUCGUCUCUCCCGAGCCCGUACGGGAGUUGUAGCGAUGAGACAAGAUAGUAGCUACUAAACAAUUGGAUACCACAAAAUUGGGGCGAAAAAGGUGUAAAAAAACAACAACAAAAAAGUAUUAAAAAAAUAAAUAAUAAUAACUUGCAUAAUUUGUCCCAACUUCAGCAAAACAUUUCACAGACAUUUACAUUUUCAUUUUUUUUUGCAUUUUCAUAAUGCAUCAGGAUGCACAACAGGUGCUUAUAACUGCUCAUGAACAUGUAUAACUGCAUAAAGCAUUAUCACCAGGAUGUGUAAUGCCUUAUUACCAUGCCAGAUGCCAUAUUUGAAAAGCACAUUAGGAGCAUUAUAUUAUAUAUUAAGUGAUAGGCUAUAUUCUAAUUUCACUGUAUACCCUCUUACACCGAUGUAACUCCAUCUUGAGGGCAUAAAGGGAUAGUUCACCCAAAUUACAAAACAACAUGUCGUUGUUCUUACCCUGUAAGCAGUCUAUGAACAAGUUAAGAAAGCAAUCCAAUGCUUUGGUUUUGUUUACUGUACCUGGUUAGGGAAAUGCAAACGUUUUAGCGUUUGUAACCCUGUUAAAAGCAUUUUUUGCAAAUCAUCCUAAAGUGUCAACAUUUGAUUGUGUAGCUCAAUUAAGUAAUUUUAAGAUGAUUUGGACAUGAAGCACGAAAACAAUGCAAGAAAGGGGAUAUUGGCUUCACAUUACUUGACAUUGGAUUUGAUCUAAAAAGUGUGCAUUUGAAGACAGUGGUCAGGUAAACAAAACCAAAGCACAGAUUGCUGUCUGAGCUUGUCCAUAGACUGCUUAUGGUGGAAAGAAAGCAAAUAAUAUUUUGUAAUUUGAGUGAACAAUCCCUUUAACAGGAGUGCGGAACUCCUACGUGAAGUCGUUACAGUAUAGCCCUCUGACGCAAUUUCCUAAAGAGCAUUUCAUGUAGGUCAUACCACUUAGCUUCAUAAUCACAAGGCAUUAUGCUGCCUGCUUAUAAUGCUGUAGGAAUAUAUAGACAUGUAGGAAUAUAUAGACAUGUAGGAAUAUAUAGACAUUAGCAGCCAUUAGUGCCUAGGUCAUGCAGUAUGAUGUAUAAUGCAUAGAUUAUAAGGUGUUAUAAAUACACUUAUAACACAUUAUGAAGAGGGUAUUCAUAGGAAGUGUUACCCACAGGUCCAGCAGAAGGAACUGUACCCCACCUCACCUACUAGUGACAUUGUGAAAAAUACCACAACUUUAGACAGGAAUUGUGGAGCUAUGUUGACAUUUGUGUUCACCGUUUCAUUAGAAUGUUUAUUUCGGUCAGAGUGUCUGUCAGGUCAAAUGACUUAGACAAAUGACAUACCCACAUACAGUACACUGACACUUUAUAACCUUCGUGUCAGAAAAGGUUCAUUUUCUUUACAUUAUAAUGAUUUGUUUACUUACUUGUAAUGUAUUUGAUAUGUCCUGUCUGUGGGUUGAUCUCAAAUAUUUAUGAAUGGUUUUCGCCUGAUGCUUUUGAUGAUUAGUUACCUUACACAUGUAUUUAGUUUAAUUUCCUUAUUACAUUUUCAUUUCCAUUUUAUAGUACUAUGCAUUUUGACUGUUGGAUUGAUAUGAUCUGCUCAUACAUUGCCAUACAAGUGAGUGAGUUAUGAACGACUCAGGUCUCAUGGAUACAAUUGUCCCUCAUACUCUCAUGUAUUAUUUGUAACAAACUUUCUGCAUGUAUCUGUAUGAGGAAACCUCCACAUUAUUGUCAUGUCUACUUUUUAGCCUGCAAGUUUAGGAGGGCUUUUCUGCAGAGUUUUGUGUUUUAUAUAAUAGAAAUGUAGACCCUAAGAUUACUUCUUAGUAUUGUAAUAUACGUUUAAUUCCUUUUAUCAUUAAAACAUUC